GCAUCGAUCCACGGUACGGUUGGACAACCAGUGACAAGGCGCGACAACUCGUGACAACGUAUUAGCAAAUGCAUGCCACACCAAUGCAACCGGCGGCUAGAGAAACAGCAACGUCUGCGGCCACGGCGAGGUGCUGGACAGUAGGCGACGAUCUCCCUUCGUCCGCCUUCUUUCCUCCCUCUGCGUGCGCGCCUCAAGCCGGCAGCUGGGUUGGCUGCCCAGUUUCGUCGACAUGUCUGGGGUCUCGGCUGAGUCAAAUACUGUGACCCCAGCCAUGGCGAAGACCACAAACACUGCAUUGACGCAAUUUCUGUUAGUCUAGUUCCCCGCCCGCUCACGACUGGGCUCAUGGAAAGCCCUGUUGCUGGCUCCCCCCUCCUGCCGGGGUCGCGUGCACGGCGCCGACUGGCCAGACCAAACGUGGGGACGAUGAUGUCCAAGUGGGGCACGAGGGGGCGAGCCUGCGGGUCACCGGGGGUCGAAGCAGCGUUUCCUUCGCUCGUCGCCUCUCACUCACUCGAUCUACUUGAAAAGGGAUGGCCGAAACACGCCGGCCUAUUCUUGGUUUGUCUGCGCAGGGAGUCUCCCAGCCUGGCAAAUGGCGGCAAGGGAGAUCCCACUGACCGCCUUUCUGCCUGCAGCCGUCGACAGCCGUGUCGACGCAGUCCAGGUGGCCUCCACACCGCCAUCGUGCGAGCCCGAGGCCAGGACUAUUUAUUUUGCACGGCCCAGGGCCGUCGUUGCACAGGGAAGAAACCUCGACCAGCCAGCCAGCAGCCAGCCAUUGUCUCGAGAGCGUGCCAGCGUGCCAGCCUAUCGUCUGGCCUUUGUCCCUGCUCGAGGGCACAACCCGCCUCAACCGCAAACGCGCGCCAUGAAACCUCGCGCAGCCGCCUUCCCACGGCCGAGGACCAGGCUCUGCGUGCUGUCAUCCCAACUGCAGCACAGCGCCGCCAGCGUAUUCGAUCCGAUGUUUGCCAGAAGAACGUUGAACCCAUUGGACAAACCCCAGCCAUUGGACCAAAUCCACUGGACCAAACCCAUUGGGCAUUGA